CAACGCACACGUCACUUCUUCUCUUUCCCCUCUCUCUCACUAAAAUCUUCUCAAGUGUCUGCAAGUUAAUCCCAUCUUUCCCUCUCUCUCUAAUGGCUUCUUGUCUCUCUCUAUCACUCCUUCACUCCACUUUCUCUCUCUAGAAUUCUCCCUCCUCCUCUCUCUCUAGGGUUUCUACUUUCCAUUUUCCCUGUAAGAGAUUUUUUUUUCCCUUUUUUUUGUUUUUGUUUUUUUGGGGGUGAGUUUUGGUGAACUCCGAUAUGUCAUCCUCCGGUGCGCCUUCAGCGAAUGCUUGCUUCAACAGCAACUGCAAAGAAGUUGUUGAAAGACCAAACAAAGGUUGGCGUCGUCGAACCGGCGAGUUCGCCGACCUAUGUGAUCGUUGCGGUUCUGCUUAUGAUGAUGGCAAAUUUUGUGAGACCUUUCACCUCAACUCUUCUGGAUGGAGAUCUUGUGAGUCUUGUGGAAAGCAAAUCCAUUGUGGAUGCAUUGUCUCUUUCCAUACAUUCGUUCUGUUGGAUGCUGGAGGUAUUGAGUGCAUAUCCUGUGCAAGGAAAAGCUUUAUUUUGACACCAAAUCCUGCCUGGCCUCCACCUUCAUUUUUCCUUCCUCUGCAGCCUGAAAGAAUUAAAGAUGUCAACAGUUGGAAUCCAAUAGCUGGUUCUGGUCCUGUACCAUGGCGUCAAGCACCAAGUUUAUUUAAUGGUUCCACCUUUCAAAAUGAGUUGCAGCACAAGGUACCCUUUCCUGAUGCCACAGGUAGCAUCGAUAGGCUAAGUCUUGGUGAGAGACCAUCUGCCUCGUUGUCUGAGAUCAACAGGAAGGAUUGCUGUGAGAAGUUGAUGACCGGAAAGCUGAAGAUUGGUGUACCUGGAACUCUUGAAAAUGGAUAUGCUGGUACUGACAUUCACUUAUCACAUAUGCAGAAUUUUUCAACUGGAAAUGUUCUUGGUCUUAAUCGUGAGGAGCCACAAUCUUGUAUAAGUGGUCCACGGCAAUUAUCUUAUGCAAACAAUGAUCUUUCUGCUCCCAGCUUUGGUUUGACAGUAGGUUCUGCUUGCAAUUAUGAACCUACUGAUCACAGUAAGGUCUCUGUUAGUGUGCCACAACAAACCACAGUUUCGAAUCCUUUGGGGAAGCAGCUUGGUGGUCAUGCUACAGUGGAUUCUGCUGGAGAGACGCAAGUGAGGAAUUCGAAAAUCCGUGGAGAUGGGAGAGGAAAACAUCAUUUACUUCCUCGUUACUGGCCACGCAUAACAGAUGAAGAGCUACAACGAUUAUCUGAAGAUUCAAAUUCUGUGAUAACUCCUUUGUUUGAAAAGAUGCUAAGUGCCAGUGACGCUGGCAGGAUAGGACGGUUAGUAUUGCCGAAGAAAUGUGCUGAGGCCUAUUUUCCACCAAUUUCUAAUCCAGAAGGGGUGCCUCUCAAGAUGAAAGAUCUGAAAGGGAAUGAAUGGAUGUUCCAGUUCAGGUUUUGGCCUAAUAAUAACAGUCGUAUGUAUGUCUUGGAAGGGGUGACUCCUUGUAUACAGUUGAUGCAAUUGCAAGCAGGUGACAUAGUAACAUUCAGUAGGAUAGAACCAGAAGGAAAGUUGGUCAUGGGUGGCAGAAAGGCUUCAACUAUUCUUACCACAGAUCAGGGAAGUGAAGCUUUCUGUAAUGGUAACGGUGUUACUACAAAUGGGAAUGUAAUUACUAAAAGUAGUAAGUUCUCUGAAGAAGUUCGGGCAAAUUCUACUAAAAAAGGCUUUUCAUCAACUACUCAUGUUGCUGCAACAAGUGCCAGGGCUGAAACUAAAAUGUCUGAUGAUUUGGUUAAGGAAUCAUUAGGAAACAAUCGUUCUAUUCAUUGUAAGCGGAAGGGUAGCAUGCUCGGUUCAAAAAGAAAACGCUUGAGGAUUGAUAAUGAGGAUUUGGUAGAGCUGAAGGUUACAGUGGUGCAAGCCCAAGGGUUGAUGCGUCCACCUUCGAGUGGUGCUCCAACAGUAAUUGUGAUAGAAGGCUGUGAAAUUGAAGAAUACGAGCAGGCUGAUGCACCAAUUAUUGGAAGGCCCAUAAUCCCUCAUAUGGAUCACCUGGGUGAAAAAAUACAGUGGGUACAAUGUGAGGACUGUUUCAAGUGGCGAAAAGUUCCUGACGAUGCUGUCCUUCCAUCGAGAUGGACAUGUUCAGAGAACUCACGCGACCCCGAGAGGUCUGUGUGCUCGGCAGUUCAAGAAUUAACAGCAGAUCAUCUGAGGGACCUACUACCUCAUAUUGAUAAAGGUUUACUGAAAUUACAUGAUGCUUGCACAACUUCCAAGAAAAUGAAGGCUUCUGCACAGGAAAUGGACUUGGUUGAGGCUCUGGAUGGGCUUGAUGCACUUGCUAAUCUUGCUAUCCUAGAUGAGGGAGAGACUCCUCCAGCAUCGUCACAGGCCACAACAAAGCAUCCACGGCAUAGACCUGGGUGUACAUGCAUUGUCUGCAUCCAGCCCCCAAGUGGAAAAGGUCCUAAGCACGACCAAUCAUGUGACUGUAAUGUUUGUAAAUCAGUAAAGCGUCGUUUCAAAACAUUGAUGUUGAAACGUGAAAAAAAGUUAUCAGAGAAAGAGGCCGAAGCUACUUGUCAAAAACUGCAGCCGCAAUUAUCUGGACAAUUGCUUGAUGCUGAUGACAUUCAAGAGUCUAUUGAUGAUACAGCGCAUUUUAGCCCUCAGCAUGGAGAGGAGCUGAACAAUGAGGGUUCUGUUGAUGAUCCCAAUUACCUUAAUGAGAAGAAAUCUCCUGUUGAUGAUCCCAAUUACCUUAAUGAGAAGAAAUCUCUUGUUGAUGAUUCCAAUUACCUUAAUGAUAAGAAAUCUCCUGAUGAUGAUCCCAAUUGCCGUAAUGAGAAGAAAUCUUCUGUUGAUGAUCCCGAUUACCCUUAUGAGAAAUCUUCUGUUGAUGAUCCCGAAUCCCUUGCUGAGAAGAAAUCUUCUGAUGAUGAUCCUGAUUCCCUUGCUGAGAAGAAAUCUUCUGAUGAUGAUUCCAAUUCCCUUGCUGAGAAGAAAUCUUCUGCUUCACCAUUUAAGGGUGAAAUUGACCUGAAUGCUAAGCCAGAGAGGGAUGACGAGCUUUCACCAGGCUCUGAUUCUGGUAGCAUGAUGCGCAUACUCAAAGAUGCUGCAGAGCAAUAUGUCAGGCACUGUGGUAAUGGAAGUUCCAGUGAUAACCAGAAAAGCGGAGAUGGUGCUGGGGAGACAAAUUCGAGUAAUUGUGUUGUUGUUAGUGCUAGCCAUCAACCUGAUGUAGAUCAUAAUAGGCCUUUACCCAUAGGCACUGCUGCAUCUUUGGCUCCAAAUGACCAAUAGGAUGCUCCAAUAUGAGGCGCACCUAAAGUAGCUGUUACUAUAUACAAAAUCAGAGGUACUCUGAUGCGUUGGGGGGACUUGUAUAUUUGGUUUUGCUGGCGCCAGGCAUUGUACAUAGGUAGAUGCAGUAACCGGCGGAAUCUUUCUGCAGUGCACAGGUUACUUUUUCAAUGGGUGGGAGGUGCCUUACAUAUUUAUGAUAAAUAGCUGGAAAGUUUAUGGACUUCAAGUGAAAAUUGCUCGCUUCUUUUUUA